UUUUGCUAUCAUGAACAAUGAAACAGGAAAACCAAAUCCAAUCAGAUUGGUAAACAUUGAAUAUCAUUAGUUAAGUCCACUCAGCUUUUAUAUUUUAUGGAUUACAAGAUUCAUUAAUAUAGUGCUGAAGAAUUGUAUGAAAACAGAGUCCGUUUAUUUGAGUAAUUAAUGACCGAAUGGAAUAAUAUGAGUGCAACAGACCAAGAAAAAUUUAGUUUAAAAGUGAGAUUCCCAAAUGGAGGCGAAAAAUCAAAAUACCGCAAAGACGAAUCCUCUUCGGAAACAAUGUAUGAAACAGCAGAUGAAAAACCCACAAAAGUAGCAUAACCUAUAAUAGAAGAAAAGAGUGAAAGUAAGGAAAAAUCUGAAGAAAAAAAAUCAUAAGAAGUAAUCAAAGAAGAAUGUAUAUAUAAAAAAUUAUGUUACUUUAGAAAAUAACAAGCAUGUCGCAUCAAAUAAGGAGAUAAAAUAGGAGUUAUAAAUCUCUUAUGAGGUAAUUUCUGAAAAAGAAGGUAAUUCUUAACAACCCCUGAAAAGUCAAACAUCCAUCAAUUAACAAAUAACUUAAGAAAAAGAAAUUGAUGAAAAUGAGGAGAGUAUGAUUCAAGAGGAUUCAAGAGAAAAUAAAAAAAAGGUGGACGAUUUAUCCUAAGAAAAUCAAGUUGAAGAACAACCUGGUCUAAAAAGAGGGAAAAGAAUUAGCAAAGGUUAGAGACGCUCUCAAAGGGGUAACAAUGAUACCAAGAAACAAAAGGUUGGCUAAAUUUAAAAAAGAGCAUUAAGCAUUUCAAAAUAAAAAUAGUUAGAUUCACAAUAAAGUGAAAAAUAAUUCUCGGUAGUUGAUACACUUACUUUGAAGUAGCUGAAAGAUUAAAUUAAGAAUUUAUUUAAAUAAAUUGAAUGA